AUGACACUAAACGUACAGCCUAGAAGGCUGCACUACACAUUUCCAAUUCAGACCCUCAUAAUGCGGCUUCUCCUACCAUCAACAUCGACAUCGCCAUUAACGCUUAUUUUACUCAUCCUCUCCUCGAUUUUGAGACCUAUAUCAGCCAAUGAGGUAGUAACAAUCACCAUAACUGCAGUCCAAACGGCUACAGCUACCGCAACAGCAACAACGUCUCCCGAAAUCCCGCAAGAUCCCUCAUAUACCUCCUCAUCACUUUUUAAAUCCUCAGUCCUCUCAACUACAAACCAUUACCGCGCACAGCACAACGCUUCGGCGCUCACAUGGAACGAUACACUAGCAGACUAUGCGAAGCACUGGGCGGAAGGUUGUAUUUGGGAGCAUUCUCACGGCCCCUACGGUGAAAACCUCGCAUACGGCUACAGCAACGCCACGAGCGCCGUGCAAGUAUGGGGCGACGAAAGGGAAAUGUAUGAUUUUGACAAGCCGACGGGGUUCACCAAGGAGACGGGACAUUUCACGCAGCUUGUCUGGAGGGGGACGACGCAAGUUGGGUGUGCAGCUGUUGAUUGUGGCCUGAGUGAUCCUGAUGAUGAUGAUGAGGAGGAGGAGGAGGAGGAGGAGCAAGGAGUCCAGAGGGCGCAGGGGUGGUAUCUUGUAUGUGAAUAUGCGCCUUCGGGAAAUGUGGUUGGGGGUCGGGGAGAUGGGAAGGAUUAUUAUCGGCUGAAUGUGCUCGCUGCGGUGGAUGAUGAUUAUGGGGAGGAUAAUGGGAGUGGGGAUGAGGUCGAGGGUGAGGCUGACCAUGAGGGGCAGGUGGGGAUAGAGAUUGAGCCGGGGGCUUGGGUAUGGAGACUGGGAGAUACUGGGGUGGUUCUGGGGUCUAUUGGCUGGAGGAUCGGGGUGUGGUGGGUUGGGAUGGUGGUUUUUAUAUCAUCUUCUGUAUACUAG